UCCGAAAAGCAGUUUUCAUCGAAGGUGCUGUUGAAUGUGAUGGGAUUAACCUGACCAUUAAUUAUCCUUUCCUCACACGCAGUAAUUAAUAUUUCUCUUUGGCCAACGCUUUUCACCCCCCCAAGACACCGCCCCAAUAAUACUGUUCAUAUUUUGCAUUAAGUGCCAUCACUUUCUCCUCUCUCUCGCCAUCUUGUCUGUUCUCUUCUAUAAUUUAUAGGGUUAAUUAGAAGAAGAGAGUUGAAACUAAGACUCCACAAAGAAUACUUCUUGAGGUAAAAAGAAAGGGACCUCCUUUUUCUUGUUCUGUGAUGCUUUCUGCCUGUUCUUCUUCUGCUUUCUUGAUUGAAGAUGGGAUCAUUUGCUGUUUUCUUCUGUUGGGUAAGAAUACGAUGGUGUUCAAAUGAUUUCCUUUGUUUAAUCUCUAGUUUCAGCUGAAGGAAACAACACAGAUUUGAGAUUUUGAAGAUUCGAAUCAAACUCAAUUUUCAUACUUGCAUAUUUUCAAUUCCGGUGCAAUUUCUGGGUUGUAAUUUCCGAUAAAAAAAUGAUGAUGUUUGAGGAUAUGGGAUUUUGUGGUGAUUUUGACCUUCUUCCCUCUGCUCCCAUCAAGAAAGUAGAUGUUUGUGGUUCGGAGACAACUGAGCCAGAGCCGGUUGUGGAGGAUGAUUAUACUGAUGACGAGAUCAAUGCGGAUGAACUUGAGAGGAGGGUGUGGAGGUAUAAGAUGCGACUCAAAAGACUGAAAGAAAUGAAUAAGGGCAAAGAUGGCGUCGAUGCUUCCAAACAACAGCAAUCUCAAGAGCAGGCAAGGAGAAAGAAGAUGUCAAGGGCUCAAGACGGAAUCUUGAAAUACAUGUUGAAAAUGAUGGAAGUAUGCAAAGCUCAAGGUUUUGUUUAUGGAAUCAUUCCAGAAAAAGGAAAGCCAGUGAGUGGGGCGUCCGACAAUCUUAGGGAGUGGUGGAAGGACAAGGUGAGAUUUGAUCGUAAUGGACCGGCCGCCAUAGCAAAAUACCAAGCAGAUAAUUCAAUCCUGGGAAAGAAUGAGGGCUGUAAUCCAGUUGGUUCUGCCCCUCAUUCCCUGCAGGAGCUCCAAGAUACUACCCUUGGUUCACUGUUGUCAGCUCUGAUGCAGCACUGCGAUCCUCCUCAGAGACGGUUUCCUUUAGAGAAAGGUGUUUCUCCUCCGUGGUGGCCCACUGGGAGCGAGGAAUGGUGGCAUCAGUUGGGUCUGCCAAAGAAUCAAGGCUCUCCACCUUACAAGAAGCCUCAUGAUCUGAAAAAGGCAUGGAAGGUGGGUGUUCUAACAGCAGUAAUCAAGCACAUGUCUCCUGAUAUUGCCAAGAUUCGCAAGCUCGUUAGACAGUCCAAGUGCUUGCAGGACAAGAUGACAGCAAAGGAGAGUAUGACUUGGCUCGCUAUCAUCAACCAGGAGGAAACUUUAGCUCGAGAACUUUACCCCGACCAGUGUCCACCUUUGUCAUCGUCUGGUGGGAGCGGAACCUUUGCCAUGAAUGAUAGUGGUGAAUACGACGUUGAAGGGGUCGAUGAUGAGUCUAAAUUUGAUGUCCAAGAGCAAAAGCUGAACCCAAACCACCUCGGUUUGCUGAAUAUUGGAACGGAGAGAUUCAAUGAUAGACUUCCAGUUCAACAACAAUCUCAUGCAAUUAAGGAUGAAUUCAUCACUGACUUGGACUUCACCCGGAAGAGGAAGCCUAGCAAUGAACUGAAUGUCAUGAUGAAUGACAAAAUACAUACGUGUGAGUUCCUUCAGUGUCCUCAUAGUGAAAUCUGUCUUGGUUUUCAGGACAGAAAUUCCCGGGACAAUCAUCAACUCGCUUGUCCUUAUAGACAUUCUUCCGAAUUUGUGGUUUCGAACUUCAGCAUUGAUGAUAUCAAGCCAGCCAUGUUUUCUCAAUCUUUUGUCAAGCCGAGGCCAGCUUCUUUGCCUGGAAAUUCAAUUCCACCUUCAUUUGAUCUAUCAGGACUUGGAGUUCCAGAAGAUGGGCAAAGGAUGAUCAAUGAUCUCAUGUCUUUUUAUGAUAAUAACGUACAAGGAAACAAGAACUCAAUCACUGGGAACACCGGUGUCGUCAAAGAUCAACCUCCUCAGCAACCCAGUAUUCAUCCUCAAAAUGAUGGGUGUUUUUUGGGUCGAGGUCCUCAAGGAAUAAUGUCUGAGAAUAACCAUUUUCAAGGCUCAAAUAUGCCCAAUAAUCAUUCUAUGCAUUGUCCAGCAGCUGAUCGGUUUGACCAGUUCAAGGUUAUGAAUUCUCCUUUGAACUCCUCCCCUAACGAAAACUUCCAAGUAAUGUUCAGUUCUCCUUUCAAUAUACCAUCCACGAAUUACACCGAAACAUUUCCUGGAGUUGCAAUGGAUAACCCGCCUGAGCAGGAUGUUUCAAUUUGGUACUAAGAAGAUUGAUUGUGGACAUAAAAAUCAACUGGUCUGAAUUUGAGGUCCACAGACCUUCACACACAAUGGUCUGUCCUGAUCAGGUGGAAUUUAGCGCCUAUUAUUCUCUUAGUUAUUAUGGCAUUUUCCUUGCAAUGUACUAGUUGUAGAUGUUGAAUGGAUUAGGCAUGGUUGCAAUAAACAAGUGGGCAUAUGGUCCCCCCACCCACACCCCACCCAAGGAAUAUAAUUAUAGAUGUUACAUAAAUAAGUUUAGUUUACUUUUGAUUUGUCUGUGUUCUUGUACAAGUUUAAGGUUUGUGUCAUUGUGGUUCACUGUCUAUGGUGGCGUCUUUCAUUAAACCUGUGUGUGGUCAUUCCAUUGUAAUUGAUGUAUGACUAUAUGAGAAAUAGUAAUAUUGGUUCAUUUGGUUGGUU